ACAAGAGCUCCAGCAGGGACUUUUGCUGUUGAUUGACUUGACCUGGGAUUACCCAGGGAGUCUUGACUAGAACGAAGAUGAAUCCUGAAGAUUGCUCUGUAACAGGGAACAGCCCCUUGCAUCUGGAAAGAGGACAACAAAAUACUACCGCCAGCCCUCAGUUUGUAACACAGCACGAAGGAUCCCUUCAAGUUCCUAUCCCAUGUGCUGUAGUGAAUGUGGUCCUCAUCACCUUUUUAAUCAUUACUCUCAUCGCCUUAUCAGUUGGCCAAUACAAUUGUCCAGGACAAUAUGUGUCCCUAGAACUGUCAAAUAAACACGAUUCUUCAUGCUCAGAUGAUUGGAUUGUAUACCAGAGGAAAUGCUACUUUAUUUCCACUGUAACAAGCAACUGGAAGUCCGCGCAAAACUUUUGCUCUGAUUACAGUGCUACUCUUGCUUUCAUUGAUUCUGAAAGGGACAUGAUCUUUUUAAAAUGGUAUGUGGGUAGAGCCAAACAUUGGAUUGGGCUGAAAAAUGAAGAUGGUCGGACAUGGAAAUGGUCAGAUGGCAAAGUAUUUAAUAACUGGUUCAACCUUACAGGAUCUGAGAACUGUGCCUUUCUGAAUAGCACACAGGUCAGCAGCACAAAAUGUGAAAAGAAUUUAUACUGGAUAUGCAGCAAACCCUUCAAAUAAUGAGGAAACAUAUCUGCUUAUAGACUACUAUUGACAUGGAACUCAAGGAAAUUUGUGGUAAUGGAUGCUGCUUUAUGGUCAGAAAUUUUCCAUAAAGACUUUGGGGGAAAAACCCAACUGCAUAUUAUUUUGGAAACCUUCUUCCAAAGGAGACUAUGGACAUAAGGAAGAGAAAUUACAGAAAUAUCUGUAUCACAUCGUGGAAUACUCCUGCCAUGAGCUGAGAAAGACACAGUUUGACUGAUCAUUACAUCCAAAAAGGAGAAUGACUUUUAAACUUUAUGGAUGCACUUUAUAUUUUAAAAUUCAGAAAUAGUAAAAUAACUAGGCUUAGAAUUCUUAUUUAUUGUUGAAUGACUACCCAAACUGAGUGUGCUUCUUGUAUUUGCACUAUUUGAACAGGUUAGAUGGUGGUAUUAAAACCGAAUGUCAACAUAAGAAAUUUUAACUUGUAGCGCAGACAUUUAGUCUAAAUGCAUUUAAAAAAAAUCAGAGAACAUUUUUAAGUGGACAAAUGCUUAUGAAACUAAGCUUUGUAAUAUUUUUCUCUUGUUAGAGAAGUUUGCCAAGUUACUUUGUCAUUUUCCUGCCCGAAGAGUGGGAUGAUCAUGUAUUUAUACUGUUUUUUUUUUUUUUGCUUCUUUUAUGUAACUCAUCCUUUCCAAUGGUACAUAAAUUGUUGUCUUAAAAAUCUUAUAUGUAGCAUUUUACAGAGACACAGACAAAAGCAAAGAAUAUGAUGAAUAUUUAUGAAACUGAUAAAAGUAUUGGAAAAUGUGUAGUAUGUGAUGUGGUAAAUUUCUAUCAGGAAAAAUUCUGCAUUCUUCAAACCUGAAGUAGUAAUAGUCUUAUCUGACUAUAAGUUUGUACCUUUCCUAAUCAACUCUAUCAUGUGCAAUGCUUCAUAUGAGGUAUUUUCUUUUUUUAAAUAUAAUUUAUUGUCAAAUUGGUUUCCAUACAACACCCAGUGCUCAUCCCAACAAGUGCCCUCCUCAAUGCCCAUCAUCUGCUUUCACCUCACCCCCAUCUUCCCACCCCCAUCAGCCCUCAGUUUGUUCUCAGUAUUUAAGAGUCUCUUAUGGUUUGCCUCCCUCCUUAUCUGUGACUUUUUUCAUAUGAACUAUUUUCUGAGUGCAAUAGUGUUUCUUUGUUUGUAUUUUGUAUUCACUGCCAUUAUAA